UGGGGCCCCCAGGCAAUAGGGGAUCAUGGGGCCCCUGUGACCUUGCCCAAACUCAAAAAAGCCUAUGAAAAAGGUACCAGGGGCAUCUCAUGGAGCCCCCUACUGACCCCGGGCCCUCGGGCAAUGCCCGAGUUUCCAAAUGGUCUGUCCGCCCCUGAUACUGAAUUGCAAAAAAAAGUGCAUGCGCUGCUUUUUAAAAACACAACCCACCAAAUCACAUGGUACUGCAGUAUCAUGCGAUCUGGUGCCGACAAACACACUGCGAUUGUGAUCUGUGUUUAGGGUGUCAUUAGUAAUAUAUUGACACCCGCAGCAGAUAGAACACCCAGUGUGUUUUGAACAUGGUGCGGGAAAUGCGCACGGAACUCUGGUUUCCUGCAC